AUGCCGUUCACAUCUCGAUUCGUGGAGCUCUUAGAUGCAGACCACGAUCGUGUAUCAUCAGAAGACGACGUCCGACUCGACGAGAUCCUAGCAGAGUGCGAACGACGGAGUAGCUCGCGCGCAUCCACUUCCUCAUCUUCAGUCUCGUCCUCAUCCUCGUCCUCGUCCAGCAAAGAAAACAUCAGCACUGCAAAGGAACCAAGACGGAAAUCAAGCACACGAGACAAGCUACGACGGAUGUCAUACUUUGGGCCGCUGAAAUGA